AUGGGUCAGACUCUGUGUAUAUGCACCCGUGGUUCUAUCACCAUCGACAACAAGAGAUAUUUCUUCAUCCAGAAGCUAGAUGAAGGUGGGUUUAGUUACGUGGACCUGGUAGAGGGGGUGCAGGAUGGGCAGUUCUACGCUCUGAAGAGGAUUCUGUGCCACGACCGUGAAGGACGUCAGGAGGCACAGACAGAGAUUGAAAUGCACCAACUGUUUAACCACCCCAACAUCCUAAGCUUGGCUGCACAUACCUUUGUAGACCGUGGGGGCAAGAGCGAAGCCUGGCUUCUUCUGCCUUAUGUUAGAAAAGGUAGCCUGUGGUCAGUUCUAGAAAAGCUUAGAGACAAAGGGAGCUUCAUGCCUGAAAGACGGAUCUUGCACAUCAUGUAUGGUAUCUGCUCUGGCCUUAAGGCUAUUCAUGACAGAGGCUAUGCACACAGGGACCUGAAACCUACAAACGUGCUCUUGGAGGAGGAUGACAGACCAGUUUUAAUGGACCUUGGUUCAAUGAACAGAGCCAGAAUUGAGGUGAGGGGAACCAGGGAAGCCAUGACCAUUCAGGAUUGGGCAGCCCAGCGGUGUACUAUUUCCUACAGGGCUCCUGAACUCUUCAAUGUAGAGAGCCACUGCAUCAUUGAUGAGCGCACGGAUAUCUGGUCGCUUGGCUGUGUCCUUUACUGCAUGAUGAUGUUAGAGGGGCCAUAUGACCUGGUGUUUCAGAAGGGAGACAGUGUUGCCUUGGCCGUCCAGAAUCCUGUGGCCAUCCCACAGACUUGCAGUUACUCUGAGGGUCUACAGAUGCUACUUGAAUCUAUAAUGGUGUCCAAUCCCCAGGAGAGACCCGACAUCAACUUGGUUCUUGAUCAGGUCCAAGAUCUGAAGAGCCGAAGCCCCAACACACAAACUAACAUGGUCUGA